ACUGAACUGAGUCAAACACCAAGCUUCAAGGAGUCUCUCCACAGCAGCUCUCCAGAGAAGCUCCACAGCCUCCAGACCGACCCUGAAGAUGACUCCCUCUGCCAGCCUGCUGCUGCUGCUCCUGCUCGGCCUCUCUCAGGCACUUCCUCUCCAGGAGGACGGAGGCAAAGAAGAAAAAGCCCCAGACACCGUCGACAUCACCACCAGGAUUCUGAGAUCCAACAACGGCAGCAAUGAGAUCCUGCUGGAAGGAGACCUGCUGGCUCCCAGAACCAGAAACGCCAUGAUGUGCUAUACCCAGAACUGCUUCUGGAAGAAAAACUCCAGCAGCCUGGUGACGGUCCCCUUCACCGUGAGCAGUGAGUUCACCAGCUCAGAGAAGCAGCUGAUUGUCAACGCCAUGCAGGGCUUCCACAGCAAAACCUGUAUCCGCUUCGUCCCCCGUAAGAACGAGAACGACUACAUCAGUGUGGAGAACAAAGAAGGAUGUUUCUCCGAACUGGGCAAAGUGGGAGGCAGUCAGGUUCUCUCCCUCAACAGGCAGGGCUGCCUCUACUACGGCAUCAUCCAGCACGAGGUCAACCACGCUCUGGGCUUCCAGCAUGAACAGACCAGGAGCGAUCGCGACAACUACGUCACGAUCAAUUGGGAUAACAUCGACCCAAUCCUGCCAACUAUCUCUGCCAUGAAGUGA